AUGCAGCUCCGUAUAUCGCGCUCCCAGCGCUUGAUAGCAGCAAUUACCAUCGCUUCGGCCUUCUUUCUGGUGGAAAUUUCAAUUGGUUUUUAUACUCAUUCCCUUGCCUUGGUGGCCGAUGCCUUCCAUUAUCUUAACGACCUCGUCGGGUUUAUUGUCGCUUUUGUCGCGCACAGGUUAUCCACACGCAAUGAUUCUCCUCAAGCCCUCUCUUUCGGUUGGCAGCGAGCCCAAGUGUUGGGGGCGUUCUUUAAUGGGAGCCUGCUCUUCGCGCUGGGUAUUAGCAUCAUGUUACAGUCUAUUGAGCGCUUCAUCACACUGCAUCAGCAUCAUCAUGAUCAUCAUCAUGAUCAUAGCCACGAGCCGGUCGUAGAAUCAGAGCCUCCAAGGGAAAUUAGUUUUAAGGGUCAGCGGCUAACAUCUGCAUCGCAGCAUCCUGAUCACAGGCAUCUCACCUCAGAAACAAAAUCCUUCCAUGGUGGCCACGACAUGGGUAUGAUGGGAGUCUUGCUUCACGUCCUUGGCGAUGCGGCCAACAACCUUGGAGUGAUGAUCGCCGCACUGGUCAUCUGGUUGACUCGGUAUGAGGGAAGAUACUAUGCAGAUCCCGCAACCAGUCUAGGUAUUGCGGUGAUGAUUCUGCUCUCCUCUCUUCCGCUAGUUCAACAAUCCGGCCUCAUCUUGCUGGAAAGUGCCCCAAAAGGAGUUAAUAUCACUGAUGUAAAACAUGACCUUGAAAAGGUUCCUGGUGUUUUGGCCGUCCACGAAUUGCAUAUUUGGCGUCUUAACCAGAACAAGGUUCUCGCAUCAGUGCAUGUUGCUAUCCUAGAUCACUCGGCAUCUUGCUUUUCAAGGCUUGCCAAGGUUAUUCAAGAGUGCUUUCACGCAUACGGAAUUCACUCCAUCACAAUUCAACCGGAAAUCGUCAGCGUCGGGCCUAUUCAGGGGGAAAUGAAGGAGCUUGAAAUGAAAGACAAUUACCCCGAGAUAUGUCAGCUUGGAUGUAGAAUGGUAUGUAAAGAGCUCACCUGUUGCGGAUGA